ACGGCCGCAUUGCAUUCUGGGAAAUUGGGUUAAUUAUCCAUUAGGAAAGAUGGCAGGCGUGCAGCCGCCACCCCUCCGGAGCCUGGAUGAUUUUCUCCUGGGCUCGGCCCGGUUCGCUUUGCCCGAUUUACGCAACCUGGAACGGUGGAACAACCGCAUCAUCAACAACCUGCUGUACUACCAGAGCAACUACUUCAUGUCCGCACUGGGCCUCCUGCUCAUAGUGGGGUAUGUGCAGCCCUUCCAGUUGUUUGUCGGGGCGAUGGUGGUCACCUUGUUAUUCCUGGGCUUUGUCUGGGUUGCAGAAAACCAAGCUCCCAUUCGUCGUUUCCGUAGAAACCACCCAACAAUCUCCGUCUUUGCCAUUCUUCUAGUCAGUUACUUCUUCAUAUCGGUGCUGGGAGGUGUGGCCGUGUUCCUGUUUGGGAUAGCCUUCCCUACACUGAUGGUUCUAGUCCAUGCGUCGGUGAGGCUGCGCAGCCUGAAGAACAAGCUGGAGAACAAACUGGAGAGCAUCGGUCUGAAGAGGACGCCCAUGGGACUCCUGUUAGAGGCCCUGGGACAGGAACAGGAGGCUGGAUCCUAGAGGGAAUUAGAGAGAGAAAUGGGUGUGAAGUGAGUGGAUAACAAUAUAGGACAGAAUUCCUGCAGGGAAAGAAGAAGAAUAAAUAGAAAAAUGAAGUAGAAAGAAUGAGCCAGGAGCAAAGGGGUCGCUUUGGUUUGUUCUAAAGGAGCCAACACAGAAGGAAUAGAGGUCUUUACACUAAUGGGAAAAGGACAGAUGUAGAACCCAGACAUCAUCAUAACACACAAAUGAUCAAUCAUCCCUCAUCUUCUUUUGCACUUUUAGCACACGUUGUUUUGUUUCUUUUAUUUUGGCAUGAUAUAUUUCUGUGUUCCCUGUAAGUCAUAUGGGCACAUUCACAUUGAGCCAUCAGUGUGUAUCUGCACAUUGAAUGUGAUACGCACUCUCAUCUAAACCUUGAUCUGCGCUCCAUCUCUAUGCCUGUGGAGCUAUGACGUUGAUAACGUUAUAAAUAUGCAAGAAAAAGUCAAAAGAUUCUGAAAAUAGUUAUAAUUCUAUAUAAAGAGGUCUAAUAUUUUGAGAAGUUUUUGAUUAAAGUUUUAAAAGAAAAAGUAUGUUGUGCUGUGCUCCAGCUGAUCACAUCCCGCUAUGGUCUCACGUCACGUUUCAUCUCAGUAUUAUUCUAAUAAGGACAAUGAAGUUAAUAUUAUUGGUAAAUAUACUAUAACUUAAGGACAUCCACAUCUCAUUUGACACGUUAGAGCUGACUGACCUGUUUACUACGAGAACUCAUUUAAAACGUUGUUUUAACAUUAUUACCUAAUUAUUCUAAUCGUACAAGUUUUCUUCUAGUUGAAGUACAACUAUAUUCUAACUUUAUGUAAUAUGUAUGUAUUUUCAAAAUGUAAAAAAUUGUAGAAUUACAAUGUCAUAUACUGUUAUUCCUUUUUUAUGAAAAAAUAACAUUGAAUUCUUGAAAUAUUACUGCUUUUUCUCCAAAGAUUACGACUCUAAUCUCAAAUUUCUUUCUUGGGAGUACUUUAUUCUCACAAUAUAAAUAUUUUUUCGCAAAAUAAUUAGACUAGUCCCCCCCAGCAUUGUGCCUCCCUCCGGGUCUCUGUACACAUCACAUGCACUACAGGAAAACAAAGCAUUGAUACUGUACCGUGCCAUGGAUGUGGUAGUUGUAGUCGUACUAAGUGUAAAGAGAAACGACAUUAUUCAUGUGCAACACAAUGUGUCCACACUGUAAAUACAGAGCAUAAAAACAAGUGAUUUUCAUUUAGUGUUUACAUUAUUUUGUGUUACCUAAAUGCUUAAAUUAGGUGAAGUUAAAAGGGAAUUGGGGGUUUUAUAUGAAGAACAAAGCUCCAAGACUCAAAAAAGAGUACAACAGCAGAUAUGUGAAGGAAACAAAUCCCCUUUCAAAUAAAUCCUUUUAGUUACCACAUUUCUGAGCCUGUGUUUAACCAGAAGACAAGGCUGUCCAUUACACUCCUACACUGCGGCAGGCAUCCCCUUAGUUCCUGUAUAACUUAAAUCCUUGUUGCCGUGAAGAACCACUAACCCAUGAAGUUUGUUCUUUUUGUACAUUUCUGUGACAGAACACAUGUAACUUUCUUUACAGGCGUUGAUUCUGAAUGUUCCGUGUUGCCUUCCAUGCAUUUUGACUGACCAACAUCAUGUCUUUGACUGUUGCCAAAAGAUGGUAUUUAUUUAAAACAUUUUUUCUAAAUAAAACAAGAAUGUUGUACUGCAGUA